CAAACACCCACGCACUCAUAUUCAUUCCCUCUCUCUCUCUCAAUGAUUUUCAGGUAAAUAACAUGAAAGGGAAGUGGAAAGAGGUCACCUAAUCCGUCACCCUCCGUUUCUAUACGUCUCUGUGUGUGUAUAUAUAGACUAUCGAUUCAUCAACCAAAGUCCUAACAUGGGCAUUGCACGUUGAAAGGCCUUCCAAAAGCCUCAAUUUCGAAGGCAUUAUUAAUGCUUCUUCUCACUGGCCCUCGUAUUAGAGAGUGGUAGUAGCUGUUUCUGGGUAAUUUGCAAUUGUGUAUUGUGAUGGCGACUAUUGUCCAGAUGCCUCAUGUGGAUUUAGAAUGCGGCUAUGGCGGUGGUGACUCAAGCAGCGAUGAUGACAGCAGCAUUUGUUUCUCUGAUGCUGAAGAGGGGUCUUCUUCUUCACAAUUUUACUCAGUCGCUGACGGGGAUGGGUCUCAUGAUGAUGACCAGAUUAUUAUGGAGGCGAUGGAGUCCCGGAGAGUGUCAUCUGUAGCUGAGUCCGACUGCUCGGUGGAUAUAGAAAGUAGGGUUCUUGAGACUGUUACUAAGUUAAAUUUGCGAAUGCAAGACAGAGAUUGCAGGAUUUGUCAUCUCAGUUUGGAAAGUAGUAGCGGCACCGAUUCUGGGAUUCCAAUUGAAUUGGGCUGUUCUUGUAAGGAUGAUUUGGCUGCUGCACAUAAGCAUUGUGCUGAGACUUGGUUCAAGAUCAAAGGAAAUAAGAUCUGCGAAAUAUGUAAUUCAAUUGCCCGGAAUGUCGUUGGCGCAAGUGAUGUGGAGUCGAGGCGGCAACAGAGCAAUGACACCAACUCUGUGGCCACAAAUGCAGCAUCAGAGCCAGGGGAAUCUGCCGCAGAAGAAACUCGACCAAGUUGUCUUGACGGCCGUUUCCUAAAUUUCAUCCUUGCUUGCAUGGUGUUUGCUUUUGUCUUAUCUUGGCUCUUUCAUUUUAACGUCCAUUCGUAAAUCUUUGGAUAAAGAGAGAGUUUCUGCAGAUGGGGGGCAAUUUGAAUGUGGCUCCAACGAGAUUUGAGGGCAGUUUUAGGAUUUCCUGAAGUUUUACGAAGCCCCUAUUAAUAAUCUUAAUACAUAUUGUUUGUGUUUUGCUUUAA